CUUAUCUUACCUUCUCAAUCAUUUAAUCAUCAAAAGCAUCUUUAAUAUCCACGUACUUCUUUGAAGCGUGUCAGAAAAGUGCCAACAAGGCUCCAUGUUUCUUACGCCAAGUAAUACUCAACUGGGAGAUAAUAUCUCGGUUAAUUCCUUUGUACAACAACAACACCGACCACAUCUGUCACGCUCCAUUUAUACUUAUCAGCCACUUGUGUUUCCGUCAAUGAACAACGAUAUCAGAUUAAGAUGAAUGACGGGACAUCUCCAGGCAACAACAAAGCUAUAUCCCCUGUGGUUGACUUUACCGCCGGUGUCAUAGCUGGUGCUGCGGGGUUAGUAGUUGGACAACCGUUCGACGUGAUAAAGGUCAGAUAUCAGACGCCAGAGUUCAAUGGUAGGUACUCAUCCGUAUGGAGAACUUUUGGUGCAAUUGUACGCGAGGAGAAAGUACAUGGAUUGUUCAAAGGUGUUUGGUCUCCCAUGGCAGGGAUCGCCUUCAUCAACGGAGUUGUCUUCUCCUCUUAUUCCCUCUUCAUGCGUUUUCAGCAUCCCUCUACCGAAAAUGACAGUGAACCAAGUUUGUCGCAGAUUUGUUUAGCAGGAGCGGGCAGUGGAGUGGUAGCAGCGUCCCUCACUUGUCCUAUCGAGCUGAUCAAGGUCCGACAACAAUCCGCUCCUCCUCAUCUGGACCCUUCUAUAGUCUCGAUCUUGCGGUCCAUCGUUCGGACGGAGGGGGUGAGGGGACUGUAUCGGGGGUUCUCAGCUACGGCUCUGAGGGACAUUGCUUAUGGACCAUACUUUUGCACCUACGAGGCAGUAUGUCGGUACUUCAGAAAUCAACGUAAACCCCCAGCAACCCUUCCUGCAAAUCAUCAUGGACACGGGUUGAUACAAGAGGCCGAGGCUGAGCUGGGAACGUUGCGUUGGCCAGAGCUGAUGACUGCUGGAGGACUUGCGGGACUGGCAGCAUGGUUGACCACAUUCCCUUUCGACGUUCUCAAAACCCGCAUGCAGGGAGCGUCGUGGGAAGAGAGAUCAUCGGUGAAAGCUUUGUCACUUCACCGUACCGCUGUCAAUGCGGUGAGAGCGGAGGGGUGGAGAGUAUGUUUCGCAGGUUUGGGUCCUACGUUAAUACGAGCUGUACCUGUCAACAUGGUCAUCUUCCUCACUUUCGAAGCGUGCGUUGCGGCGUUGUGAUCUAAAUCUCACCUUUUCACAGUUCCACUAUCGUUGCCAAUCCCGACUCGACUCUUUGUAACGUACGACCGACCAGCAUUCAUUCCUAGCAUUAUUCUGUCAUUUGUCAUUUACGAUUGUCAUCACUAUCAUGCAAUGUCUUGCCUGCUU